AUGAGAAGUUCUGCUCUCCGUCGCCUGGUCCUUUCCCUGGUGCUCCUGGUCGUUGAUGCUAAAGAAAUCGAACAAUACGUUACGAACAAGGAAGCCAAAGAACGUUUCAUUGUGGACGAAAACAUGACUCUGUCUCAAUGCCCCAAAUAUAGCCAAACACGAUUGACUUGGAAAUUCCCCGGAACUCUGUCGAGUAGACGCAAGUUUGAAUGCUUCCGGGAGGAAACGCAACUGUGCAAAGGAGUCACAACAGGCAACCAGACCGGAAAAUGUGUGGUAACAGUGGAAGGCAAGAACCUUAUUCAUACUCAAGUGGUUAACGCUUCCAAAAAUGGCGUCGAAUUUUUCUUCUGCUAUCUGAACAGGGUCACUCCGCAACGCGCACUGACCUACAAUGUGGAUUGGCGAAGUAAGUGCUAA